GAGUUCGAGGAGGAUUAUUUUAAAGCUUCGUUUUGUGGCAUCGAGAAAUCAGUCGCUUAGCUGCUGGGAUGGACGCCAUGGCUGCUACUGCUGCUGCUACUGCUGCUGCUCUGGGAGGCGAGAUCUCGAUGACCAACAAGACGAGGAGGAGAGAAAUCUUCGCUGCUCGGCCAUCAAAUGCAUCGCCCAAGUCGGGCAAUCAGUCACUGUGCUGUUCGAAGAGCUCUCCAACUUACAUUCAAGAGUUUGAGAGCCGGAGCAGCGCAGACGAGGUGAGAAGGGAGAUCUUGAGCUGCUAUGAUCUCGUGCAGAAGCUUGGCCGUGGAGCCGUGUACCUGGGAUCAGCGAGAACCAAGCCAGACCAUCCUCACUUCCUUCAAGCCAUGGAGCUCGGGCGAGAGGUGCUUUUAGAUCAUGGCAAGUUUCUAAGUUCUUCGAGUUCCUCCCAGGUUGCUUUGCUGCUCGGCUGCACGUCCUGGUGUGGAGCUGGCCCAGGAUUAAUGGACGCUGCCACCAAAGGAGCUCUCGAGGCCGGGAAGCCGGUGGGAGGAUUUAGAAUCCACAACGAGGGCGGUGUGUGGACGAACACUUUGAGCCAUCCUUACAUGGUCUCGGGAACUUAUCUCACCUGCAGAUUCUUCUCGGCGCGAAAGCACGGCCUCGUUGAUGCGGGAGUACGUAACGCUCCGUCCGAUCGCACCGCGUUCCUGGCUUUGCCCGGGGGCGUUGGAAGCUUGGACGAGAUCUUCGAGGUGCUGACUUUGAUCCAGCUGCGGCGGAUCGGCUCCAGCUUCCCAGUGCCGUUCCUGCUGAUAAACUACGAUGGAUUCUACGAUCACUUGCUGGAGUUCCUGGCUACGUGCAGAGAGUGGGGGACUGUGGCCGAGGGAGAAGUGGAGGCGCUGUGGAGAGUUUGCAGGAACAACUCCGAGGCGCUCGACUACCUGGCCGAGUUCUACAGCAUCAGUGACAGAAGAUCUUCCAUGAGAUCAUUUGAGAACUCAUUGCAAAGCUGACAAGAAACACGAAAGAUGUUUGAUCAUCCAAAGUUGGAAGAACAUGUGGGGUAAACUCUCCAAGUUUGUCUCGAUUCAAGAUAUCUUUACACUGCGAGAUCUACUCAGUGGCACUUGCACAAGAAAAACUCCUGGCAAAGGCUCGUGUGCUGCUUCUUGUU